CCCGCCUACAUCACCAUAGCCUAAGACUACUGAAAUCUAUCCACAGACAAAGACAUCAAGGUGAACUCCAGUUUUCGGUCUUUAUAUUAGAGUGGAUCUCAACGCACAUUAUAACAAGAUGGUUUUCUCCGACUAGAUAAUUCCGAAAAAUAAAUAGUAGUGAGCUAUUUAAACGAACCGUUCUUCUCGCACCUACUCAAGGGAAGCUGCACUCAACCAAACCACCAACGUGCAGUGGUCAGGUUCCGAUGUCGACCGAAAGAUCUCUCCGCCAGCUGGCGUACUACGUCAACUUCCACCCGAGCGAACUCCGCGACAACUCGGUCGCUGUGGAGACGGAGUACGGCCGAGCACGCUGUAAACUAUGUGGCGGGAAUGGUAGAUGUCCCUUCUAUCGCUGUGGGUGGUGCUCUCACCACUUCCACCAUGACUGCAUCGACAGCCUUCGGCGAGCCGAGGGUGAACAGGGAAGACAACUCGCUUUUGGGUGUGCAAACUGCGGUACGCCAUGGAUGGAGCGCGGAGGCGGAGAACCUCAUGGUCGCUCUGAGUCGCUGUGGGCGUCCCUCUUCGGAGAAGACCCAAGCACUGAUCGCCACGAAGCCCAGGGCGCCGCCCGAUUUGGCAGCCAAUAUUACGAUCCCUACUCACCCACCAGGGGAGGCCGCGAUCACCACCCCAAACGUGCACACCCGACACAGCUGGGUAGCCCGCGUCAGCAUCCGCACCAGCCUUACGAGCGUCGACGUUCGCAGUCACCCCCUCGACAGCUCCAUCGCGACCAUCGGGAGCGCUCACCCAGGUACAGUCCUCAACAAGAUCAUCUGGUCUAUCGGGAUUAUCCAACCCGGUACAGUCGUCGACCAUACCAUCGGCGUGGCUAUCAGAGAAGUUUUCCCCGGGACAGUCCUCGAGACUAUCAGGGUAGUUCAUCCCAGAGCAAUAAUCCUCGACAGCAUUAUCGGGACUAUCAGGUUAGUUCUCCCACCGUGAUUCGCUGUCCUUUCUGUUUCAAGACGCAACAAACCUGGCUUGACCUAAAAGUGCAUUGCCAAUGUUACCAUCGUGAUGUUGGGCCGGUUUGCCCGAGAUGUCAGGUAAAGCUCGAGGAUUGGCAGGGCUUCCUUCGCCAUUACGAGGUCAAGCACUAUGUGUAGGCGUGGUGGCUAUACCAUAUGAUCCGGGCGGAUUACAUGUCGUAAGUCGCGCUUAUUGGCGAGACUUUCUUUGAUUCUUGAACUUGAUCGAGGUCAGCAAGAGGAGCAAGGGAGCAAAUAAAAAGGAAAAUACCACUAAACCAGAUAACCAAGAAGAUACAUAGGGCUUGAAAGCCUCUUAUUUUGAACACUAUGCCAAUUAUUCUAUCCAAACGCACAUUGUGCAUAAUCUCUAACCUGUAAUCAUC